GAAAUAAUUGAGUUCAUAAUUCAUCCCCUUUUCCUUUUUCCUCCCCCAAAUUCUACCCAUCAUCAAUGGCAGUUUCUCAUAAUUAAGCCUGACAAUCACACACACGCACGCACCAUUUCCCCCUUUCUCUCUCUACAAGUACAUACACUCACAUGGAUGUUAAAGAUCCAUAAUUUUUCACUGUUGUAACCUGCAUGUGUGUGAGAGUGUGUUGAUUUCCCCAUCCCUAAUUGGAGAAUCCUAGGUGUUUUCUUUAUUUAUUUAUUUAAAUUUAAAUAGUGCUGUGAAUGCACAUUCACUCAGUGAGACAACACACCUAUUCUCAUGUGCAAGCACAUUGCGCAUUAUUGCUGGAAACUCAAUUUUUGGUAUCUGAUGUAGGAGUUGAUGGUGUAGUUCUAGAUUCGGUUUGUUUGUGUCAUCUAUUUUGAAAUUCAUGCUGUGAUUCGGUUUAGUCUUGUUGUUUGGAGAUCUCGUCUCUGUACAUUUCGUGAUAAAAUUGUAGGGCACAUUGUUGAUCAGGUGUGGUUUUCAUCAGAUCCGCAGUUUUAUUUAUCAUACAACUCUACUACUUCGUGUAAUUUGCUCGAUUUAAUUAUCUGAGGAGACAAAAAGAGUGAGAGAAAUUCGAAAAGGGAAGAAUGUGGAAGCAAUUUCUGAAUAAGCUCCCGCGGAAAUCCCAGAAAUCUGAUAGAGAUUCGGCCAGAAACCCUAAUUCGGGUUCAGGUUCGGGCCGGGCCUGCUCAGGCGGCUCUGCUGCGAAGCGGGCUUCGGCUGCGGUGUUUCCAGCCAGUGUGAUUGCAGGAAUAGAGCCAUUGCUUGCGUUUAAAGAUGUUUCAAACUCGGAGAAGAUGAAUCUGUUCAUUAGUAAGUUGAGUCUUUGCUGUGUUGUGUUUGAUUUCUCUGAUCCCACCAAAAAUGUUCAAGAGAAUGAGCUUAAACGAGCCACAUUGGUCGAGCUAGUUGAUUUUGUAUCGGAAAACCCCCCAAAGUUCUCAGAGCCUGCGAUCUUAGCUUCUUGCAAGAUGUGUUCCAUUAAUUUGUUCCGUGUUUUCCCACCCAAAUGUCGGUCAAGAAGCACGGGCUCUGGUGAAAACGAGAACGAUGAUGAGCCCAUGUUUGAUCCUGCGUGGUCACACUUGCAGCUGGUAUACGAGUUCUUGCUCAAGUUUGUGACUUCGUCUUCUUUGGAAGUCAAGGCGGCUAAGAAGUAUGUGAACAAUGACUUCAUAUCUAGGAUCAUUGAUUUGUUGGAGUCGGAUGAUCCGAGAGAGAGGGAUUGCUUGAAGGCGAUUCUGCAUAGGAUCUACGGGAAGUUUAUGAUUCAUAGGCCGUUUAUCAGAAAGUGCAUAAGCAAUGUGUUCUAUAGAUUCGUAUUUGAGGUGGAGAAGCACAAUGGUAUUGCAGAACUACUGGAGAUUUUCGGGAGUGUAAUAACGGGAUUUGCUCUUCCUCUGAAGGAAGAACAUAAGGUAUUCUUUUGGAGGGCGUUGAUUCCCCUGCAUAAGCCCAAGUCGUUAGGGGUUUACUUUCAGCAGCUCUCGUAUUGUGUGAAUCAGUACGUUGAGAAGGAUCCGAAGCUAGCUAGCCACUUGAUUCAGGGACUGCUGAAGUAUUGGCCGAUUACAAAUAGCCAGAAGGAGGUGAUGUUUUUGGGCGAGGUGGAGGAGAUUCUUGAAGUAAUCAGCAUGAACGAGUUCCAAAAAGUGAUGGUUCCAUUAUUUUGUCGCAUCAGGCACUGCAUUAAUAGCUACCAUUUUCAGGUAGCCGAAAGGGCUCUGUUCCUCUGGAACAACGAUCAGAUCCUUAGUCUGGUUGCUCACAAUCGGCAAGUUAUACUGCCGAUAGUAUUCCCAGCUCUGGAAGCCAAUGCUCAAAACCACUGGAACCAGGCUAUCCUAAACCUAACCAUGAACGUGAGAAAGGUGCUGACAGAAAUGGACGACGCCCUAGCAUCAGCCUGCAUCUCCAGCAACCAGGAGCAGCAAGAGAAAGCGAGCUCCUCAGUCGAGAAACGGAAGCAAGUCUGGGAGCACCUGGAGAACGCGGCCAGUCUCCAUCCGAUGAUGGCCAGGAACACUGCUGUCCUGGUAACUCAUUAAGACAACCUCUGCAUCCUGUUUAUAGUCUUCCGUCUCCAUUUCAGGUGAAGUCUGUCGUUCUCGUGGCUAUUGGCCGGGGUGAUCGGGAUGUCAUCGAUCGUGUUGUUCCAGAAUCUCCCAUCUCCCAUCAUAGUGUAAACUAACAUCUUUUGUCAGCGUCUUGCUGUUGACAUUGUAUCUUUGAAAUUAGUUUUUGGUAAUCUAUAUUCUCACUCUUUCCUUUGUGUCUGUUUGUAUGAAAAUAUAAUAGGGAAAUGCUUGGGAUUAUCUGCAAUUCAUCUCAAUUCUUUUUUCUUUCUU